UUAAACUGAAACUCUGAGAAAGCAGCACUACCCGAAAAACAAUGAGGAGGAGAAACCCUGAUUAGGUUCCUAUUCACUCCCUGAUGCUUCUUGGAACAGUUGCAUUGUGAAAUCUGAAUAGAGAUCAGGUAAAAACAAAGAGCCAGUGGCAUAACCAGACUCUCUGCCCUACUGGGUGUAAUUAUACUGGUCUCCAGUAAAGCCUCCUCCUCUCCUGUCAGCCUCUGGCCCAGUUUCCCAUCACAUGAAGACAGAGCGAUGUGGCCUCUCAGCACCUAAGAUCAAUGUCCUGCCCCAUCCGCCUGUGACCGAUCCGGACUCUGCCUGCCAGGAUGUACCACUCCUCAGCGCUACCCUUCACCCUCCUCUCCAGCUUCACCGCUGAUCUCGCCAAUGGUACCAGCCAGACGGCGCUGACAGAGCUUUCCACCACCCCAAAUUCCUGGGACUGUUCAGAGUAUGGCUUGGAUGUCAAUGACAUAGAUUUGCCCUUUUUGGCUUAUCUCACCUCCCCUGAUUAUUAUUCGUCUAGUGACUCAGAUAUUUGUAACCUGACCGACAGCACUGGCGUCAGUGAAACGCUCCCUCAGUUUACAGACCUGUUGGCCACGGUGACAACACACAGAAAGAAUUUGGACCAACAGGUUUUUCCAGAGAAGACAAGCCCUCACACUUCAGUUUGCGAGGAGACCAGUAUACAGGAAACAAAAUCAAGUCCAGUUACUCCAAAACACCACAGUCGAAGACGAAACAAAGGAAACCGAACAAACCAAAGCGUGCACCUAUGGGAAUUUGUACGUGAUCUGCUUCUGAGUCCACACAAGAACCAACAUGCCGUGCGCUGGGAGAACCGCAAAGAAGGGACAUUUCGGGUUGUUAAGUCUGACAUGUUUGCACAGCUAUGGGGGGAGCAGAAGAAAAACAAAUGUAUGAAUUAUGAGAAGCUAAGCAGAGCUCUGAGACACUACUACAAGUCAGGGAUUCUGGAGCGUGUGGAUGGAAGGUUGACUUACAAAUUUGGCAAGAAAGCUUAUGGAUGGAGAGAGGAUUCACCAAAACAACUGACUUAGUUCCACCUCAGGAUUUGCCUAGUCAUUGUUUGGAAAACUCUCAUGGGCAUUAUGAAGACAUCUCAGGAGCACAUUUACAGAUAAAGUGAGGUUCUCUUCACAUGUUGCAAUGUGGUAUCUGGAAAAAGUUCUUUGAACACCUGAAAUACUUGGGUUCCAGACAUUGUACGGGGUUCAACAUUUCCAGCAUACGGAGAACAAUUUUGAGCAAUGACCUCAUUCUUUAAACUACUUUACUAGAACAUGCGCAUUAUUGCAAUGAAUGACCUAUGAAUAUGUAGAUAACUAGAGACUAAUCUACAGGGCUUCCAUGGCAAAUCACAGUCAGUAUAUUGGCUGCACUAGUGCCUCAGAAAAACCUGCGCCUUUAGCCCCAGUAUCACAAGCAGCAAUUGAGCCUGGAGCAGAAAAGAUCUGUAGAUCCAGGUAAGUGGGCACUAACAAUUAGUGCCCUUUUAAAGGCAGCCAACGUUGGUCCAGUUUAAUGGCACACUGAGAAGGCUAGGACCAGAACUCAAGAAUGUAUGGGGGGAUAACAGGUGCUUCUGAUGACCAGAAGGCAAGAACAUUGCAUGAACAGCAAAGGAAAAUCUGAAGAAACAAUCCUUUCCACCUAUCUUAGAAGAGGUUAUGACAGGAUCUCCGAUCUUUGGACAAGAAGAUUUUUCUGCCAAGAAUGAUGGUUAGCAAGCCACCUUUUUACCCACAAGCUACUGUUCUGUUUACAAUGGUGUAAGCACUCUAGGAUGCAUUUAAAUAAUCAGCUUUCUACUAAUGGGACCAAAAUAUGACGUUCAUGGGCCUUGAUUUAUUACUGUAUAUUCAU